AUGUCUGGUUCGGAGGAAGAAGAGUACGAGGUGGAGCAUAUUUUGGAUGAGCGCAUGGAAGAGAACGACGCGGGCGUGAAAGUGAAGCACUACCGAAUUCGCUGGAAAGGAUUUGGACCUGAUGACGACACUUGGGAACCAAAAGAAAACCUCGACUGCGACGAUCUCAUAACUGCUUUCGAAGAAAAGGCGAGGAAGGAAAGGGAAGAGAAAAAGCAGAGAAAGCGGGAGCAAAAGGAAAAAGCGAAGAAGGAAAAUGCGAUGAAAGAAGAGUUCACUCCCGCCUCUAAAAAGUCCAAACCCAGUGAAAAAGCAUCUUCAACGUUUUCGUCGUCGAUCUUCGACAGAGGCUACAAGGCGGAGAAAAUCUGCGGAGCCACGGAAAAAGAUGGUGACCUCCAGUUCCUGAUAAAAUGGAAAGACUCGGAAGAGACCGAUCUCGUCCCAGCAAAGGAGGCCAACAUCAGGAUUCCACAGGUGGUUAUAAAAUUCUACGAAGAAAGGAUUCGAUGGCAACCCGAUGGAGAUGGCCCGAUGGAGCAGGACUAA